CACCUGUGUCCCCCAGAACAACAAUGCGGACAACCCCAGCUGCGCCGGCAUCGAGGGCGUGCUGGAGUCCUACCUCCAGAGCCUGCGCACCGUCCAGCUCUACGGGCCCACCAACUUCGCCCCCGUCAUCAACCAGGUGGCUGGGACGGCUGCCCAGGUGACUGACGGCUCGCAGUACCACGUCCUCCUCAUCAUCACAGACGGCGUCAUCUCCGACAUGCUGCAGACCAAGGAGGCCAUCGUCACCGCAUCCGCCCUGCCCAUGUCCAUCAUCAUCGUGGGAGUGGGUCCGGCUGAGUUCGAGGCCAUGGAGGAGCUGGACGGUGAUGAGGUACGCGUGUCCUCCCGGGGACGCUACGCCGAGAGGGACAUUGUACAGUUUGUGCCAUUUCGGGAUUAUGUGGACGACUCGGGAAACCAGGUGCUGAGCAUGGCCCGCCUGGCCAAGGACGUGCUGGCCGAGAUCCCCGAGCAGCUGCUCUCCUACAUGAAGACCCGUGACAUCAAGCCUCGCCGAGCGGACCCCCAGUAG